CCCAGCUUCUACGAUCUUCGAUUCUUCUGUCCCAAAUGUCCAAAUUUUCUCUGUUUUUUGUUUUAUUUUUUCCCCAUUUCUGAAGCAUAAAUCGAGCUCUUUUUUUGCAGUAUGUAAGCCCUAGAUUGCCUAUCUGAUCUCAUGAAGUUUCAACCGGUUCUUCAGUUCAUGCGUUCCCUUCUUUCUCUUUACCUAUAGUUUUGUAAUUGGAUCGGCUUUGUUCUUCGAGAAUUUAUUUCGUGCAUGUAUAAUUUUUCUUCGUGGCUUGUUGGCAUUGUUUUUGAGUCUGAGAACUUUGAUCCUUGGGUGGGUGGUGAAGAUAUAUGAUCUCUGAUUGGUUUAGCAAUGGAGUUAAGGCAGAGUGCUUCGUACUUGGUGUUUGCUCCCAAGUGCAUUCCUUGGGGUGCGAAGUGGAGGGAUGUUCAGUUCCACCUGAGAUUCCAGAGGAACCCGGGGACGGUCUGCAAGAGUGGGAGAAACACUUUGAGUAUGAUCAUAACUGGGAAAAGUUCUGAGAAGUUUGCAAGAACAAUGCCAUUAAUUGUCAAUGCAAGUGAUGGGAGCACUGAAUUGGAAACUGCGGUAGUCGAGAAGCCAAGGUUGCGAAGGUUCGAAGUGUUUGCUGGUAGUCCGAUGCCCUUUGGUGCCACAGCAAGGGAUGGUGGAGUGAACUUCGCAAUCUAUUCUGGCCAUGCAACAUCGGCUACUCUUUGCUUGAUCAGCCUUUCGGAUUUACAAGAGAAUAAGGUCACAGAGCAGAUUUGCCUUGAUCCAUUAAUUAACAAGACAGGGGAUGUUUGGCAUGUAUAUCUGAAGGGGGAUUUUGAAGAUAUGCUGUAUGGAUACAAGUUUGAUGGAAAAUUUUCCCCUGAAGAAGGACAUUACUAUGAUUCUUCUCGGAUUUUGUUGGAUCCAUAUGCCAAGGCAGUUAUCAGCAGAGGAGAAUAUGGUGCCUUGGGUCCUGAGGGCAGUUGCUGGCCUCAAAUGGCUGGCAUUAUACCUUCUUCAGAUAAUGAGUUUGAUUGGGAAGGAGAUUUACCUUUGAAACAUCCUCAAAGAGAUCUUAUAAUCUACGAAAUGCAUGUUCGUGGCUUCACAAUGCAUGAUUCAAGUAAGUCUAGAUUUCCAGGCACAUACAUUGGUGUGGUGGAGAAACUUGAUCACUUGAAGGAACUUGGAAUUAAUUGUAUAGAGCUCAUGCCAUGUCAGGAGUAUAAUGAACUGGAGUAUUUCAGCUACAACUCUGUCCUAGGUGACUAUAAGCUGAACUUUUGGGGGUAUUCUACUGUGAAUUAUUUCUCACCAAUGAUAAGAUAUUCAUCAGGUGGUAUACUUAAUUGUGGCCGUGAUGCAAUAAAUGAAGUCAAGACUCUUAUUAGAGAAGCACAUAAACGAGGCAUUGAGGUGCUUUUGGAUGUUGUCUUCAAUCAUACAGCUGAGGGCAAUGAGAAUGGCCCUGUCCUAUCAUUUAGAGGUGUUGAUAACAGUGCCUAUUAUAUGCUUGCUCCUAAGGGAGAGUUCUAUAAUUAUUCAGGUUGUGGCAACACCUUUAAUUGCAAUCAUCCUGUUGUGCGCCAAUUUAUAUUAGAUUGCUUGAGAUAUUGGGUAACAGAAAUGCAUGUAGAUGGUUUUCGCUUUGAUCUUGCUUCUAUCCUAACCAGGGGUUGCAGCUUAUGGGAUGCAGUUAAUGUAUAUGGGAAUCCAAUAGAAGGUGAUUUAUUGACAACAGGCACCCCCUUGGGCAACCCUCCAUUGAUUGAUAUGAUCAGUAAUGAUCCAAUCCUUUGUGGAGUGAAGCUAAUUGCUGAAGCAUGGGAUACAGGUGGGCUUUACCAAGUUGGUACGUUUCCUCACUGGGGUAUAUGGUCAGAAUGGAAUGGGAAGUAUCGUGACAUAGUCCGGCAGUUUAUCAAAGGCACAGAUGGAUUUUCAGGGUCUUUUGCUGAAUGCAUUUGUGGAAGCCCAAAUCUAUACCAGGAAAGAGGGAGAAAACCUUGGAACAGCAUAAACUUCAUAUGUGCACAUGAUGGAUUUACUUUGGCUGAUCUAGUGACAUAUAACAACAAGCAUAACUUGGCAAAUGGAGAAGAUAACAAUGAUGGAGAGAAUCAUAAUAAUAGCUGGAAUUGUGGACAGGAGGGAGAGUUUGCAAGCCUUCCAGUGAAAAGACUAAGAAAAAGGCAAAUGCGGAAUUUCUUCCUCUGCCUCAUGGUCUCCCAAGGUGUGCCAAUGAUUUACAUGGGCGAUGAAUAUGGCCACACUAAAGGUGGAAACAAUAAUACAUAUUGCCAUGAUAACUAUAUUAACUAUUUCCGGUGGGACAAGAAGGAAGAAUCAUCUUCUGACUUCUUCAGGUUUUGCCGCCUCAUGACAACGUUUCGGCGUGAAUGUGAAUCACUUGGUCUUAAUGACUUCCCAACAGCAGAGAGGCUUCAGUGGCAUGGUCAUGCCCCCAGGAUGCCUGACUGGUCUGAUACAAGCCGAUUUGUAGCUUUUUCACUGGUUGAUGCAGUGAAGGGAGAGAUAUAUGUUGCUUUCAAUACCAGUCAUUUACCUGUUAUGGUCACGCUGCCGGAGAGGCCUGGUUAUAGAUGGGAACCUCUAGUUGAUACCAGCAAACCAUCACCAUUCGAUUUCCUCUCUGAGGACCUUCCUGAGAGAGAUGUAGCAAUAAAACAGUAUUCGCAUUUCCUUGAUGCCAACUUAUACCCUAUGCUUAGUUAUUCAUCCAUUAUCCUGACACUCUCUCCAGACGACAAGGCUUAAAGUCCCUAAAUGUGAUGGCUUUGUAUAUAUACUUCUGUUUAUUCUGUAUAUGGCAGCAGAGUGCAUAUCUGAGAAGCAAUUAAUGAUUUUACAACUGGAAACUUGCAUCAAUAAGCUUACCUGUAUUGACUGUACCUCAAAUAAAAGUUUCUAGCUAUUUUAUUGAGGCUGCAAUCUGAUACAGUUUUGUAAUGUCAUAUGGUGCUAUAUCUAUUAGUACCCAAAAAAUUGCCAUAUGGUGCCAUUAUGUAUUGGUAAUUCAGUAUUGUGAAGCCGCAAUUUGAUAAAGCUUUGUGUAAAGAGACUGGGCCGAAUGGGCCCUAACAUCCUCUCUUGUAAUAUCUUUUAUUUUAUUGUUGAUGGGCCACAC